AACGACGACACCCUACGACGCUCGUCAUACGCCCUUUAAUGCAGUCACUACGUCUUCUACGGCCCCUUCGAACUUCAUUACAGCUUCAUUGCAUAGCACAACUCAUUAAAUCUAAUAUUCAGAGAGCUGCGUUCAGCACAACGUUCAGAACUAUGGCGCAAGAGUUCAAGCUCAAGGACAUCACGUCCUUGCAAUUAAAGAACGGGGAGAAGAAAGAAGUCGAAGUCGAGGGUAUUGAGGGUGGCAAGGUACUGCUGCUGAAGGUACAGGACAGGGUCCACGCUACCUCGCCCAACUGCACACAUUACGGCGCACCGCUUGCUAAGGGUGUACUUACACCCGAGGGUCGAUUGACAUGUCCAUGGCACGGAGCUUGCUUCAACGUAUCCACUGGUGAUGUCGAAGAUGCUCCGGCGUUGGAUCCUAUUUCAAAGUACGAAGUUUUUGAGCGAGACGGAGCCGUUUACAUCAAGACAGACGAGGAAACAUUGAAGGCCGGCAGAAGGAACUUGAACCUCAAGUGCUCGUCAGUGAGCGAUGAGAAGGUCCUUGUCAUUGGAGGUGGCUCCGGAACACUCGGUGCUGUUGAAGGUCUUCGCGGCGGAGGCUUCAAGGGCAACAUCACAGUCAUCUCGAAGGAAGGCUACCAACCAAUCGACCGAACCAAGCUGUCCAAGGCCCUUCUCGCUGAUUUGAGCAAGGCUGCAUGGAGGUCGAAGGAUUUCUACAAGGACGCAUCGAUCGAUUUCAUCGAAGAUGAGGCCAAGAGCGUUGACUUCUCCGGCAAGAAGGUCGAGACAAAGUCUGGCAAGACAUACGAGUACUCGAAGCUGGUGCUGGCCACUGGCGGUACACCCAACUUCCUACCCCUUGAAGGUCUGAAGGGUGACUUGGGCAACACCUUCCUGCUGAGGACACUUCCAGAUGCACAAAAUAUCCUGAAGGCUGUCGGUGACAAUGGAAAGAGAGUUGUCGUUGUCGGUAGCUCUUUCAUCGGCAUGGAGGUUGGCAACUGCCUCGCUGGCAUGAAGAACGACGUGACCAUCGUCGGUAUGGAGGAGGAACCCAUGGAGCGAGUAAUGGGCAAGAAGGUUGGAAAGAUCUUCCGCGGCCUGCUCGAGAAGAACGGCGUCAAGUUCAAGAUGGGUGCCAGCGUCGAGAAGGCAACACCAUCGAAGAGCGACCCAUCCAAGGUUGGGGCCGUACACCUGAAGGAUGGCACCACUCUCGAAGCAGACCUUGUCAUCGAGGGUGUGGGUGUCAAGCCCGCAACAGAGUACCUCAAGGAUAACUCCAGCGUCCAGUUGGAGAAAGACGGCUCACUGAAGACUAACGAGGCCUUCGAGGUUCAGGGUCUGAAGGAUGUCUUCGCCAUCGGCGACAUUGCAACCUACCCUUACCACGGACCCGGAGGCAACGGCACACCCGUUCGCAUCGAGCACUGGAACGUUGCACAAAACGCAGGUCGCUCAGUGGCCAGGACGAUCAACGAGCCCGGCUCCAAGCCUAAGGCGUUCAUACCUGUGUUCUGGUCAGCUCUCGGCUCGCAAUUGCGAUACUGCGGUAACACACUCAACGGCUACGACGACGUAGUGCUGCAAGGAGACACAGAGAAGCCAUCAUUCGUGGCUUACUACACGAACGGAGAUGAGGUCGUUGCGGUGGCCUCGAUGAUGAAGGAUCCCUACAUGACGCAGAGCGCGGAGCUGAUGCGGAGAGGGAAGAUGCCAGGCAAGAAGGACCUUCAGAAUGGCAAGGACAUCUUGGACAUUGGUCUCCCAAGCGAAAUCAAGAUCUAAGAGGCGUACCAUGGAACUUCGGCGAUAGAAGUGCCGCAUACGGCAGGAUAAUAAAUGACCGUCAAGGCGAGAGAGAUAAUAUGACUACCAAGCCCAAUAUUUACACUGCGUGACGUCGACA